GCUCACAGCAGAGGAGCCUGACGUGGGGCUCGAUCCCAUAACGCCGGGAUCACGCCCUGAGCCGAAGGCAGACGCUUAACCGCUGCGCCACCCAGGCACCCCUGCCUAUCUUUUGUACCCAUCUUCUCAAACUUAAUUUCCUUUUGUCUUAUUCACCUACUGACCUGUCUCCAUUUUUCCUGUUUCCCUUAUAAAAUAUAAGCAAAGCCUUUUCUCCAUUCUUUCAGGUAACUUCUGAGGUCAUGUCUAUUUCUCUGAUACUUAGUUAACAACUUAAAGUCUGUUUAUUCCACUAAUAUUUACUGAGCAUCUCAAAAUUGGCCAGCCACUCUGCUAUACUCUAGAGAUACCAGAAGAAAAUAAGCCUCUGCCCUUGAAGAGGUCAUAGUCUAAAGCAAAAUCAGAAGUAUAAUUAGAAUACUAUAAUUGCUAUAAUGUAAGUAUGUGGAAAAAGCAGUAAGAAAACAAGGACCAUUGCUGUUCUUUUUCCCCUACUGUACUUCCGGAAUAUGAGUUUUUAAGUUAUUACAGAGUUUGCUGGCGUUUAUAAAGUACUUUAUUAAGUAGUUUAAGAAAUAGUUCAAAACUUCAACUUGAAAUUUUUCCCAGCCAAUGAGUACAUUUUCAGCAUUAUUCAUUUACUAUAAUAUUUUAUAUGUAGGUGUGUUCAAGCCAGAGACUAAAAGAUGAAUAUUACCUGGCAGAGCCUUCUGAGUUGGUUCCAAAAGAAAAUACAAGUCCCUUGGUUUUUCAUGAAGACUGAGAACUAUGAGCAGAUAAUACGUGAGCAACAGGAACAGCUGUCACUUCAACAAACUAUUAUUGACAAGCUAAAAUCACAGUUAUUUCUUGUGAAUUCCAGUCAAGAUAACAGUUUUGGCUAUUUUCCCCUGCUUGAAGACAGUGAAGCAAGGAAGAAUAAUUUGACUCUUGAUCAGCCACAUGAUAAAGUAAAAUCAGGAAUACCAAGAGAAAAACAAUUAAAGGUAAGAAGACAAGAGGUUUCUUCUCCUAGAAAAGAAACUUCACCAAGGAGUCUUGGCAUUCCUUUAUUCCAUGAAAGGGCUUAUAUAGAGAAGACUUUCCAGGAUCUAAAAGAAGAAUUUCAUAGAAUAUGCAUGCUAGCAAAAGCACAAAAAGACCACUUAAGCAAACUUAACGUACCAGCCACUGCAACUGAAACACAGUGCUCUCUCCCUAUACAGUGUACGGACAAAACAGAGAAACAAGAAGCGCUGUUUAAGCCUCAGGCUGAAGAAGAUAUAAAUAGAGGUGCACCGUGCGUCACAUCUGUCACACCGAGAGGACUGAGCCCAGAGGAGGAAGAUACCUCUUUCGACUCACUUUCUAAAUUCAAUGUCAAGUUUCCACCUACGGACAAUGACUCUACUUUCUUACUUAGUACUCCAGAAAGACCCAACAUCCUUGGUCCUGUCACAUCUGAGGCAGCGUGCCAGGAUAAAUUUAAUAUGGAGUUCAGAGACAACCCGGGGAACUUUGUUAAAACAGAAGAAACUUUAUUUGAAAUUCAGGGAAUUGACCCCAUAGCAUCAGCUAUACAAAACCUUAAAACAACUGACAAAACAAAACCUUCCAAUCUUGUAAACACGUGUAUCAGGACAACUCUGGAUAGAGCUCCAUGUUUGCCACCCGGAAACCAUAAUGCAUUAUAUGUAAAUACAUUACCACUCCAGGACCCGUCUGAUGCACCUUUUGCUUCACUUGAUUCCCCGGGAAAAGCUAUCCGAGGACCACAGCAGCCCAUUUGGAAGCCCUUUCCUAAUCAAGACAGUGACUUAUCAUCGGUACUAAGUGACACAGGCUCAGAACUGCAUAUACCUCGAGUAUGUGAAUUCUGUCAAGCAGUUUUCCCACCAUCCAUUACAUCCAGGGCGGAUUUCCUCCGGCAUCUUAAUUCACACUUUAAUGAGGAGACUUAAGAUGCAUUUGAAAACAGUUGUGUGUGAUGAUUCUAUGUGAUCGUCAAGCUCUGUGUGAUGAUCUUGGGUCUGUAAUACUGUAAAUACUUGACUGCAAACUUAGUUCAAGAUCAUUUAUUGAAAAAUAGCUACAUCACAGCUAUUUGAGUUUUUUUCUAAACUUGCAUUGUAACUUUCUUUUAUUAUCUUUUAAAAGAUCAUUCUCUAUGAAACUAAUUCAUUGUAUUCAUGUUUACAGUGUUUAUUACCUUAUUUAUGUUUGUUUCAAAUAUCUAAGCUUAUUGCUUGGAUUUCUAGUUAGAUCUAUUGAAUUUGGUGAUAUUAAAUGUUUAUAGGUUUUUCACCUGCAAAUUAGAUUAUUUAUGCUAUAGGUGAUUUUUUUUUUAAUAAACCUCUGAUACAGAACAGCAGACAACAUGAAUGUCUAAGUAAAUACCAAACCUAAGACAUUUGUUGCCGAGUGAUAAAAUCACUGGUAGAAUUAUUUAAACACUUUAUAUUGUUUUGUUAAAUAAUAUACAUGGUUUUAAAUUUUACUGUGUGUAUAACUACAUGAUGAGAUGAGUUAAAUAUUUAAAAAGUUGCUUAUGUUGUGAUCAUUAAAUGCGUUCUUUGAUCCUGAGUGAAAAAAAAUAAAGGAAUAAAUCACAUUUUGGGGAAGUUUA